AUGGCUGAACAGCAUAUCCUCGCAUCUCUGUUACCUGGAUUCGCCCCCCAUAUCGCAACCUUAACUGUAGAUGCCUUUCACAAAAUUGGCUUCGACCUCGACACUAUCGGCCGAGAGCGAGAGAUUGCGUAUCUAGAAGAGAGGACAAGGUUGGAAUAUGAGAAAGCAGGAAUGCGGGUGAAUAUUGCUAUAUGGAAUAUGCAUAUUCCUAUAGAUGGGAAUCAUUAUUUUGAGCAGAUUCUUGAGUCUGGAUUACAGUCCAUGGAGCGUGGAGGCGGCUUCAGAAUUGUUGCGUUUCGUGGAAACGGACUCAUCAAAAAUAAUGGGGCCUGCGGUUUUGACAAUUGGCGUUGCAGUGGCAACCAAACAAAGGAUGGCAACACUAUUACUUUUCAGCCUGUGUGA